GGAAAAUACGUCAUCAGGAAGAAAAAUUGGGCAACCGGUCUGUGGAGAGAGGGCAAACUAGCAAAUCUUGCAAGUUUGUGUGUUAAUAAAUAUAGUAAAGGAGGAUGAGCAGUUCAGAAGAGGUGUCCUGGAUAUCCUGGUUUUGUGGACUCAGAGGGAAUGAGUUCUUCUGUGAGGUUGAUGAAGACUACAUACAGGACAAGUUUAACCUGACAGGUUUAAAUGAGCAGGUGCCUCACUAUCGCCAGGCUCUGGAUAUGAUUCUCGACCUGGAGCCAGAUGAGGAGCUUGAAGAUAAUCCAAACCAGAGUGACUUGAUAGAGCAGGCGGCGGAGAUGCUCUACGGCCUCAUACAUGCACGUUACAUCUUGACAAACAGAGGCAUUGCACAAAUGCUUGAAAAGUAUCAACAAGGGGAUUUUGGCUAUUGCCCCAGAGUGUAUUGUGAGAAUCAGCCAAUGCUUCCUAUUGGUUUGUCAGACAUCCCAGGAGAAGCAAUGGGGAAGCUUUAUUGUCCAAAGUGCAUGGAUGUGUACACCCCUAAGUCCUCCAGACACCACCACGCAGAUGGAGCCUAUUUUGGCACAGGGUUCCCUCACAUGCUGUUCAUGGUGCAUCCAGAGUAUCGACCAAAGCGACCAGCCAACCAGUUUGUGCCAAGGCUAUAUGGUUUCAAAAUUCACCCAAUGGCUUAUCAACUCCAACUUCAGGCUGCAUCAAGUUUCAAAAGCCCGGUGAAGGCAAUACGCUGAAACUCAACUUUGAUAAAGACUCAGAAAUGUUUACAGCUAGAUUGAAGCAGUACAUUGUAUUAUUACAUAUCUGUACAGUUAUCAAAAUGCAUCUGUCAUGAUACUUCCGCAGUCAACCAUUUCCUCUUAUUCACCGAAACAGUUACAAUGGAAUGACCUUUUUAUUUGUCUUAAACGUGAGGGUUCAGCUCAGUGAUACAGUUUUUAUUUUUAAUGUCAUUACAUUGUGUCACAUUAAAAAAAUUAAGCCAGUUUUAACUAUGAUAGUGAAAGCUAGCGUUUGUUUGGCUUAUUAAGGGCAAUUGAAUGUAUCAGGAAAUCGUCCCACCAGCCCCAAACAGGUUUGCCUUAUCAGUGAUGGUCAAGACUUGCAGUUAAAUUGUAUCAAAGCUCUAAAGUUGCGCUACGUAAAAUGUUGGAAUGUGCUUAGAUUUUGUACUGGCAGUAUCUUAUCAGGUGCUAUUUCCAAGAAAAUGCCAAAUUAGA